AUGAUUACUUCAUGGAUGGAUCAGCAAAACAGUGAAAGAACAAAAAUAACAUCUGCGUUGAGAUCCAUAGAGGAAUCACUGACAUUUCUCUCAACCAAAUACGACGACAUGUGUAAAAAAGUAGACCUUAUGGAGCAAGAGAGGCAUGAACAGAAGGAAUAUAUUACUAUACUUGAAAAUAAGGUGGAAAAUCUCAUGAAAGCCCAACGUAAAUGGUCAUUUGAACUGAAAAAUAUCCCAAGAUCGGAAAAGGAAUCCAAAGAAAUGUUGUUGAGCAUGGUAAGCAAUUUAUGUACAUCACUUAAGGUCAAUAUACAAAGUAAUCACAUUAAGAAUAUAUCCAGGACGACCGUAAAGGGCGAUAAAAAGCCUAUUGUUGUCGAAAUGUCAACUUAUGUCCAUAAAAUGAACAUUACGAGCGCCGCUAUAAAAGUACAAUAA